AAUGGAAAGCUGCUCCAUCUUUCUUGGGAUUGGCUGUUGCCGUGGUUACCAUUUGUUUAGAGGAUCUGGGCGCUGUCCUACGAGCAAACCAGGGAAUUUUGCUGCUGAGUGAUGGAAGACAGUGAUGAUGAUGAUGCAAAACUCAAAGAAGAGAUAGAAGCUGAAUUGGAUAAAAUCAGUAUUUCCUCCUUGGAACAAGAUGAGGUUGAGAGUGAGUCAAACUCAGAAACUCAGAGUGAAGGUAGUGAUGCAGAUUUAGAAGAAUUACCAGAGUCAGUUCUUCACUGCAUCAACAUUAUAAAGAACAAGAGUAAAACUGUUGAAGAACUCCUUCUUCAGGAUUUAGAAGACACCAAUGUUUUAAGCUAUAGUUAUGGAACAGUUUCUGAUAAUCAUAUGCAUUUAAGGAUAGGAUUAUCAACUGAAUAUAAAGAAAAUCAGGAACAACUAAUGAAGAUAUUAACUGAAAUAGAAAAAGAAGAAUUUAUGAGAAGUAAAUCCCAUUGUGAAAAUCCUGACUUGGUUCCUGAGCCUGAUCUUUGUGACUUGCCUAUUGAUGAACAUGCUUUACCAGAUGAUGCUGAUAUAAAUUUUGGAUAUUUUGAAGUUGAAGAAAGAUGUAGACAGUCUUUUGAAGCCUGGCAAGACAAACAGAAAGAACUAGAAGAUAAAGAUAAAGAAAUUCUCAAAGCUCAGAGGGAUAAAGAAGAAAAGCAAUUUCAAGAGGAAGAAGAAAAGAGACAUUGCUGGAUGAAACAAUUUGAGGUUGAAAAGAAAAAAUUAGAGAAUAUACAGAAGCAAGAACAGGACAAGAUGAAUGAGGAGCUCCAUGAAGAAGAGAAAAUGUGGAAAGAAAAAUUUAAACAGCAUGAGGAAUUUAUGAGAAAUUUGCAUGUACAAAUGGAAGAGGAAAGAACAAGGUUCAAGGAUCUACAAGAAAAAGAAAAGAUGCGUUUGUUAGAACUGCAGCAUAAUGCAGCUGUAAAAAUUCAAGCUAAAUAUAAGGCAUUCAUAAUCUACCAAAAAUAUAGCCCCAUAAUUAGAGACCGAAUAGAAAGAAAACAAAGGAAAGCAAAAGAGUUGAAAGAAAAGGAAGCAAAUAUACGACAGAAAGAGGAAGAAAAUAGGAAAAAAUUAGAGGAAGAACAAAGGAUAGAAGAAGAGAUAAAAAAACAGAAGCAAGAGGAAAGAAAAAGGAGGGAAAAAGUAUAUGAAGAAAAAAAGAACAUCCUGAGACGAGAAAGAGAAGAACUACAAAACAAGGAAAAAUUUAAAUUAAUAGAAACUGCAAGCCAACAGCUUAUAAUAAAUACCACAUUGAAGAAGGGAGAACAUAAUGCCAAACAUUUAACUAUUGAAGAUAAGUCAAAGAAUAAGAGUGAGAUAGCCAAAGAAUUAGUGUAUGAAAAUUCAAAGAAGCAGGAAAAUGUUCCUCUUUGGGUAGUUAAGAAAUUGAAUAAGAGUGAAAAUAUAGGUAGUCAGUUUGUCUUGAAAGAACCAAUACAAGAACAAUUGAAAUCAAACCAAGCCAUUUUGGCAGAAUUAAAAAUAGAAGAAACAAAUGACAGCCUAGCAAAAAAACAGUGUUCUGAAAAAAUGAUUAAGCAAGAAAUAAAAUAUGAAGAUAUGUACAAAAGAACUGAAUUAGAAAUCUUAGAUCUAAAAGAAAAUAUGAUUGAACAGUUUCAGCAAGAAUUAAAGACACAAACACAAAACCAGGAACAGGUGGAAUAUGCCAUAAAGGAAAAUGAGGGGGGAAAAGUCCAAAUAAUAAUAUUAGAAUGUAAUGAAGAAAUGAAUGAUGUGAAGAACAAUGAAGCACAGAAAAUAAUAGAAUUUAAUGAACAGAAAAUGAUACAAAAAGUAGAAAAAGAAGAGAUAUCACAAGGGAAUGGAUUAUAUGAAGAGAAUACUUCCAUUAUUUCAAUAAAGCAAAAACUACUACCAUUAAAAUUAGAAAAUGCUGAAACUAUGGAGGAAUAUCCAAUACUACAAGAAAAAGAAAUUAACUUAAAAUCCAAAGAAGCUGAAGAAAACUCAAAAGACAAUACUCUAAAUAGUGACAUUAUGUUCUUUAACACCACUGAUGCCAUGGUAAAUAGAGAAGGCAAAAUAAAUAAGCAAGAUUACUUUUUGGAUAGACUUGCUCUUCAUGAAGAUUUUAGUGGCUGUAAUACAAAAAGCUCCUGGAUUGCUAACAAAGAAAACUCUCUUAUAUCUGAGAUUAAUGAAAUUCCAGAGGAGUGCCAUGAAAACAGGGCUGAAUGUGAAAGGAUCAUAACCUCUAAACUAGAGUCAACACUUUUAUCUUCUAUUGAGGAGAAGAGACUAGCUUGGCUAAAAUCAUUUAAACCUUGGUUUGAAAUUUUCAGUCAAAAUCAGCAGAAAAAAAUUGUUAAAAGAAAGAGACCUUUGAAAUGCUUAGCUAGUACAAUGCCUCCUCUGAGCACAUUAGAAAUUCUUCAGUAUGGCCGUUGGAAUACUCUACAGCAGGUUACAAUCAUUACAUUUCAAGAUUUGCCAGGUUGUAGUCUCUCCACAUUGUCGGAGUGUACAAAUCUUCAAUUUCUAUCCCUUCGAUGCUGUGGAUUAACUUCUUUACACGGCCUGAAUAAUUGCAAAAAACUUAAGUACAUUGAUGUACAGGAAAACCAUAUUGAGACUAUCAACUGUGAAAAUUUGGAAAAUCUCUGUGUUGUUCUUCUUAAUAAAAAUAAACUGAGUUCCUUUCAUGGUUUGGAUGGCUGCACUAAUAUUCAGAAUCUUGAACUUUCGCAUAAUAAAAUCACUCGAAUUGGUGGUUUAGAAUCUUUGAAAAAUCUUCAACAACUAAUUGUGGACCACAACCAGUUGAUUAGCACAAAAGGUCUGUGUGAAACCCCUACCAUUAUAUACCUGGAUUGCUCCUAUAAUCAUCUUACUGAUGUUGAAGGCCUUGAAAAUUGUGGAUUGCUCCAAAUAUUGAAGUUACAGGGCAAUAAUCUAACUGAGCUUCCAUCUUUGGAGAAUCAUGUUCUGCUAAGAGAAUUACACUUGGAUGAUAACAGCAUUUCAACUGUUGAAGGGUUUUCUUCAUAUUGGCUGCCUUUACUACAAAAUCUUACUAUCUCCCAAAACAGUUUGACAAAAAUUAUACCACUUUUUCAUUUUGUUUCUUUGGAAAAGCUAGAUGUCAGCAACAAUUGUCUUUCUGAUCUUACAAGUGCCAUAAAAUGGUUUGAUGCAUGCUGUUCUCUCCGUGAACUCUCUAUCACUGGAAAUCCACUUCUUCAAGAAAUCAACUGGCGGCAUUCUCUACUUGAAGUGUUACCUUCUCUAAAAAUCCUUAAUGGUGAUAAGGUAAACUCUCAUUCAGAAAUCCACACUCAAGAACACUCUCAUCUAGAAUCAAGACGUUUGCUUGCAUUUUGUCAGUCCCAAAUUCGGGAAUUUAACUUACUAAAUGAAAAGUAUAUCAAUGGAAAUAGGGAUGUGUUCACCUUGGAUAUUGCAGAAAAUUUCUGUUAUUAUUUUAAGAAGUUGAUGACACUUAGUAAUGAAUGCAGAUAUGCACAUGAACAUGGGGAUAUAAGUAUCACUAAGAGAGAUGAAUCAGAAACCCAGAAAAAUCAUUUGGCCCUUCCAAGCAGUGACUUCAUACUGCAAGAUGAAGUCUUCCACUCUAGCACCAACAAACAUAGAACAGACUCAUCAGGAAUUUCUGAGCAGUGGAUGGACCCUUCCUUUAAUAAUUCCCCAAUAAGCUACUCCUCUGCAUAUGAAGUUGUGGAAGGAAGAAGUCAGGAAAAAUUAGUAGGCCUGAAGAAAGAAGAUGGUAAGACAAAAAGCAUCCCCACCAAAGGAAGUUCAUUCAUGGAAACAGAAACGACAAAUUCUCUGCUGAGGAAUCACCAGCAUAUGGAACAGAAUGAAAAAAUCAGGGCAGCGGUAGUAAUCCAGGCACACUGGCGUGGUUACCUUGUGCGCAGACAGAUCAGUUUCUCUACGCGGAGGCAUACUGCUGCAGUAGAACCCCUGCCAAAUUCCUUCAUCAAUAUUCUGACUAUUUUGAAGAAAGAAAAAAGAAAAAAUACUAUGAAUAUCCAAGAACAGAGGGAGAGGGCUGCUGUUCUUAUUCAGGCAGUUUGGAAGGGCUUUAUUUUGCGAAAGAAACUGACAACAGCUCUAGAGGCUAUCAAAAAUGAAGAAUCUGAAGAAGAAUAUGAAGAAAUAGAUUUAGAGGAUUUUACAUUUGAUGAAGCUGCCAUUGAGAAAGAAUGGCUAGAUUUAGAUUCCACCCGCUUCCCUUCACAAACACUGCUUCUCUCAAACCAGCUGCACUGGCCAAAGAUCUCUGGAACUUUGAAAUAUGAUGAUGCCUCACUUAAUUUACCAAGUCAUCCAGCUCAAGCAUGGCUAUGUAAUGACAAAGAAAAUUGUUUUUCAUCGGAACACACACACUUAAAUGGCAGAUCAGAAAAUGGAACUUUAUCCUGGACAUCUGAAUCUAAGACUAGUAGAAAGAAUUUACUAAGAUCUGAAAAAGAAGAAAAAAUUUCAGAAGAAUGGGGAUUUAAGGAUAUUUCUACUGCUCAACAAAUGCUGAAGAGGGCACAGAAAAUGAAAUCGAAGAAAUUAAAGAAAAAAUUAGAUCCCAGUGUGCGCCUAGCAUUAUUCAAAAACAAUGAAAAUAAAGUUUCUGUUAUAAAAUCACCAAAGCAGACACCGUCCAAAAGAGAUGGCUACUUUGAAGAUAAGGAAGAAGACUUUAUCUACAAGGAUACUACUGCAAAUGAAAAAUUAGAAAGGAGUAAAGAAUAUACAUACCAAUGGCUUCAUACACAGGUUGGGGUUCAUGCAGCUAGUUCCAGAAAUACGAAAUGCAAUCACUUCUUGCCUGAGUUAGAUCCAGAUGUACUUAAUGGUGGAAGAGUCCAACUCGUGGCAAGACUUGUAAGCAGAGAAGACACGGAUUUAGACCUUUUUUCCAUGACCAGUGGAAGUGCUUUGUCUGUGAACAGAGAAAAAAAAAAUCAGGCACACAGAUACUCAGCGGGAUCUUCAAGCCUUAUUUCCAGAUAAUGGACAAGUCCUUCCAUUCCAAGGCUGACAAAAACAGAUAUUCAUCUCACAUUUGCUUUUCUAAUGGUUUACUUUAUGGCAUUUUUAUAUUAGAGGCAUACUUUAUUACUGAAUAUUAAAUAAGAUACUGACUUCUUAAAGAUUAAACCAUACUCAUGUAAAAUCAUGUUUUGAUUGUGCUUAGUGUCACUUAACUUUGGACAAAAAAAUGUAACUUUGUUGCCUGAAUUUCCUCAUUUUCAAAAUGAAGAUGGUGAUAUGUAUCUUGUGAAACUGUGAUAGCAAUGAAAGAGAUUGUGACUAUAAAGACAGGAGCCAGAGCCUGGGACAAAGUAUACUCAGAUCCCCUCUGUUCCUUCAAUGUGACAUUUUCAGUAAAGGUAUAUGUGUGACUUGACACUGGCAGAGAAUCAAAGAGCAAAUAGAUGAUGAGAAAAUAAGAACAAUACCCAAAAUGUUCUUUUAGCAGCUAGAUUUAAUAAUAAAAAUUAUACAUUGUUGUGGAUACUAAAUGCACAAUAGAUUCUUAAGUAUGUAUAUUUUAUUAAUACUUUUAAUUAUUGGCACACUUUUGGUGAUGCUGUUCUGCCUACAAAAACUUGUACUAAAAUCAUUAUUUCGUUUUUACUGUAACAAUUGUGAAAUUUCACUGUAGGAGAAGUCAAAAUUGACUUUACAUUUUUCCAUCAAAAAGAUUCAAAUUUUCAAAUUUCUAUACAAAUUAUAUUUUCUCUAGAAAAAAAACAAAGAAAAGAUUAGAUCUUAUACAUUACUGUGGCCAAGUUAAACUUUUUGUUCCAUACUUAAUAAAAUCUGAGGUUUUUAUUCUUUUUUAUUUUUUAUCUGAAGUAUUCAAUUUGAAAAACAUAGCAGUAAAAAAACUACAGCUACCUUUCAUAGAAUUAUUGCAAUUAUAAGAAUUAUUAUUAUUGUAUUUUGUUUCAUAAGAGCUGGUCUUUGACAAUGUAAAAAUUUAAGCUUUAAGGCUUCUUUUUUUAAAAGUUUAAACCUUUUAGUCUGAUCUUUUUGUUAAUCUGAAAUUAUUGGGCAAGGACUUUAAAAUACAGAUUUUUGCUUAAUUCUUGAUAUUUUGUCCCUGAACUUUGGCCAUUAAUUAAACAAACACAUUGAUAUUUUAACCUUCAAAUACUCUAGUAACCAAAACUAGAUAAUGAAAAUUAAUUACUAUCACAUCAAGAGCACAUUUACAUGAUUAGUGAAUUCUUGUAAUAUUGAUGAAUUUUAAAAAGCUACUUCUUAGCAGAAGUACUUUAAAAAGCUACUUCUUAGAGACACAAUAAAUAGUUGUUGAUUUAAUGUCCUUGAGCAAAUUGAUACUGUCCAUUUCAAAAUCUGAGACAGUUUAAUGUAAUAGUCAACAAUGAUUCCAGGCAUGGUUAAAUGUAACAGUUGUUAUUAACCACAAAAUAAUGUUUACAGAUCUAAGACAGUAGCUAGUUUCAACAGAGAUUGACAUUAUCCAGAGAAAGACAAAUUUCAUCUGUGUUUAUGUGAGAGAACUAGUUGUAUGUAUGUCAGCUACAUUUAUUCUUUGUAAAGAAAAAUUAACAUUUUUGAGGACAGGAUCCAUGCAUGCUCUAUUGAUAAUAGAUUAAAGCGUGAUGUUUCUAACUGUAAUAUUUUAGUUCUCACCCUUUUCCUUCAUGAUCAUUUUCUUUCUUAAAUAAAUUGGUUUACACUGA